AUGACGGAAGCAAAGGAUUCACAACAAUCUACUUCAUUCUCACUGGAUGAAUAUUAUAAAUUGUUAAAAGAAGACCCACAAUUACAAAAUUCAUUGAAAUCAAUUCAAAGGUAUAAAAAAACAAGCAAUGAUCCUGAUCCAUUUAAGAGGGUUAAAAAAACAAGACAUAAUAUAUUGACUGUUGAUGAGAAUAAUAAAAUUAAUUAUGAAAAUAUUCGAUUGGUACCAGGCAGCUUUGGUGAGUAUACAACUAAUGACUACAAUACUACAUUAAAAAAUGAAACGGAUGAACCAUCGUCACAACAAGAACAAACCAACUCAGCCACAACAAAUAAUAACGAUGAUAGUAACACUCUCAAGUUAUAUAAUAAAAUAUCAAGCACUAAAAUUAAAAACUAUAAGCAACAAUUAGUCGGUCAAAAUGAUACUUUUUUAAGUAUACCAGUGUCUCCCAUCAGCAGCGAUGGUGAUAAUAUUAAUAUUAACAUACAAGAUAAUACGGAAGAAACCCAAGCUUUGCUCCAUUAUAUAAACGAUUUACAAAAAAUGCACACAGAACUAAUAGAUGAAUAUAGGCAGGUUAAACACCAACAAUUAAAUUGGUUUUUAAAAAAAGAAUUAAUGUUAGAUGCUAAUAUGAAAUUGGAUUUAUAUAGUAUUAGAGAUAUUUUAACUGAUCAAUUAACAGUUGAUAAUAAAUCAAUUACCAAAAGUGAGGUGUUAUUGUAA